UAUUUUCAGGAACCUGAGUUACACCCUAUACCCCCAGAAUGGACCCGCAUGACCACAUCCCUCCAUGAAUUAAUGAGCCCAACAUAUAUAGAAUAAAAUCACUUGUCUCAUAAGGACAAAUUAGAAAAGGCAUCAAAGUGGUGCAUAUAAACUAAACGUUUCUGCACUGAGGGAUUUGUUUGCGGUGAGAAACACUUUUAGCAGUGCAGCGCGCAAACUAACCUUUUAAAUCUGUGUUCAAUAGCUUGACGUUUUCAUCAGUGGGCCCCAUGCACUAGCCCUGUGAUUGGUUGGAUUCACAGACAGUCUACGGCUACUUCCUGGAUGAGAUCAUGGCUGCGACUGAACGACUAAAUAAUACAUUUUAAAACUGCUUUUGAGUCAAGCAAGCUGUAACAACGGGUGAUGCUGUGCUACAUUUAAACACAGUUUUAUUUUUUCUCGAUACAUUUAGCUGUCGAACAUAAAAGCGUCUCGUGUAAAUCGGUGCUUGUCUACAUGUAGCCUACUGUUGGAUCUCAAAGUUGCUGUUGUUGAAUAGCUGCUACAAUGUAACAAGAAGUCAACAUCUCCCAGCGUCCUCCCCUUACACGUCAAAGUGAGGUGAUACCUUGUAGCAUGAUGUCAGUCUAAUUUUUUUUGACAAACAACCCGAAAGUGAGUGUAGUCCAAGUUGUGACUCCACUUGUGGUUUCUCUGAAUUAUAUCGAUUCGUCAUCAAAUUUCACUGUCUUUCAGAUAGUGUUGAAUUGAUAGAACGCAAUGGAUAAUGGACGACAAAGCCGUGUUUCACGGCCUCAACAGAUACUUGAGUCGUCCAAGGUGUACCGUUGGGCUGAGCAAGCUGACUUCCUCCUGCAGGGUCUGAAUGAGCAGCGUCAGCACGGCCAGCUGUGUGACAUGGUGCUGGUGGCUGAUGAGCAGCGUAUCCCAGCCCACCGCGCCCUGCUGGCUGUUUCCAGCCCUUACUUCCAGGCCAUGUUCACCCUGGGCAUGAGGGAGGAGCGUCAGGCAGAGGUGGAGCUGGUGGGGGCUUCCUACAUCGGCCUUAAGGCUGUGGUGGACUUCCUCUACAGUGGGGAGCUGCCUCUGGAUGGAGGGAACAUUGACUAUGUUCUGGAGACAGCCCACCUGCUGCAGGUGUGGAGGGCAGUGGACUUCUGCUGCCAGUACCUAGAGAAGGAGGUGAGUGAGGAGAACUAUCUAUACCUGCAGGAGCUGGCUCUGCUCUACAGCCUGGAGAGACUAGACACCUACAUUGACCACUUCAUCCUGGAACGCUUUGCGACCCUCUCCUUCACACCAGGCUUCCUGAGGGAUGUCCGGCUGCCCAAGCUCAGCUCCUACCUGGCCAGCGGGCAGGUCCAGCAUGAGAAUGAGCAGGCUCUGCUCCAGGCUGCUCUCCAGUGGCUGAGCCACAUGCCUGACCGCCCUGCCCACGCCCGCCAGCUGCUCUCCCACAUACGUUUCCCCCUAAUGCCAGCCAGUGAUCUGGUGGGGCGCGUCCUCCCGGCCGUACAGGCCCUUCUGCCCCCGGAGGCUGACUGUGAGGUGCUGGUGGAGGAGGCUCUGAACUACCACAACAGGGCUAGCGCCCAGCCCGGGCUGCAGACAGGCCGCACCAUGCUGCGAGGAGGGGAGGAGCGCCUCCUACUGGUGGGUGGGGAAGUGUCGGAGCGCGGGGAGGAGCUGACUGCAGAUGUUAGCUGGCUGGAUGGAGACUCUGGUGAAUGGAUGGUAGAGACCCAGAUCCCAGCACAGAGGAGCCACCACUGUGUCGCUGUACUGGGGGGGUUCAUCUUCACAGCUGGAGGCAGCUCAUCACGAGAUAAUGGAGGUGAUGCUGCCAGCAACCUGCUGUACCGCUACAACCCCCGCGACAACCAGUGGAUCAAGAGUGCGCCAAUGAAUCAGCGGCGUGUGGAUUUCUACCUGGGAGCCGUUGGGGAGUGUCUGAUCGCUGUGGGAGGGCGUAAUGAUAAUGGGGCUCUGUCGUCAGUGGAGGUGUACAGCCCUGCAGACGACUGCUGGACAUACGUAGCAGGACUGCCCAGGUUCACCUAUGGCCAUGCAGGCACAUCUGAUAAAGGAGUGGUCUAUAUCUCAGGUGGCCAUGACUACCAGAUUGGACCGUACCGGCGAGACGUGUUGAGCUACGACCCCCGAGGAGGAGACAUCUGGGUGGAGCGCCAGGCCAUGUCAUCGGCACGGGGGUGGCACUGCAUGACGUCACUUCACCACCUCAUCUAUGCAGUCGGGGGCAGUGAUGACCACGAGGAGAGCAUUGAUCGUUUUGACAUCCUGGCAGUGGAGGCAUUUGACCCCCAGAGUGAACAGUGGACCCGUAUAGCCCCCCUCCUCCAGCCUAACAGUGAGGCGGGCUGUGGGGUCUGGGGGGGUAAGAUCUAUGUGCUGGGAGGCUACAGCUGGGAGAGCAUGGUGUUCUCACAGGCCACACAGGUGUUUGACCCUGACAAGGGCCAGUGGGUGCGGGGACCAGACCUGCCAAAACGCAUCGCAGGGGCUUCAGCCUGUGUGUGCUCAGUGAGACCCCAGCCCUGCAGCCCAGACAGGAAGAGGGCAGGACACAAGGGGAAAGGCAGGCAUCACCCCACCCAACCCAACUAAAGAGGAUACAAUGGACUGCAGGGGAUGGAAGGGGUGAAAAGAGCUGUGUAACUACCAAUGGAACUGUCAGUGGAUUACAUAUAAUAUCAUCUCUAAAAGCGCAAAAGCACACAAUAGGACUGGUUCUGUAUCAGCUGGUUUGUGAAGGCUUCCAACAUGCCUAACACUGGGGAUUGUGUGAAAAAUGUCUUUGAUUUGCUUAGUAUUACAAUUAAAGCGUAAUCAAUGUGUUCUAACCUAAACGUUUUGUUUGAGUUAUGAAUUAAGAACUACGGAGUUCCAUCAGAAUCAGGCAGAAAGGGCAGUGUUGACACACUUAUUCAAAUCAAGCCAGCAAACAAACAACAGCAACAUCUGUUCUUUACCUUAGGUGCUACGUUUUCAUUUAUCAUCAAAGUGUCACCUUACAGGGAAACAAUUAACACUGGUAGACAACCAUUUGCAGGUGUAUGCUGCUGAUGUUGAUGAGGAGCUGGGUAGUAGUCUGGCCUUGUUAACAUCAGGAUGAGAAGCAGUUAUCUUAUCCCCAAGUGACUUCUCUGUCUCUUGUCUCAAAUGGCUGAUCCUCGGGGACUGUCAUUGGAUGAUACUUCAAUCUGAAGAACCGAAACAUAGCAUUUUGUCAGGGUAGGAGCAGUUGUUCUCUACAUGGGAUUAUUGAUGUGUAGAAGAGCAUUGAGUAUUUGUAUAAGGAAGGGUGAACCCUGUCUCACGUGUCUGAUGCAGGACUUCUAGCCUCAAUCCAGUCCUUUCAGUGUCCUCCUCAGAAGUCAAAGAUCUGCAGACAACACACUUCCCAUUUGACUUCUCACUGCACCCUUUUUCAAUGAUUGUCAGAAUUAAUACAUCUCCAUAGAUUUAUGUAGGGAGUUAGUAGUGUGUGUGAAAGUUUAGUUAAUAACAAUAUUGAUCUACCAAGACAUUGACCUGACAUUGAUCAAACUAUAGCACAAAGACUGAUUCCUAAUCAGUCAUAUUGCUCAAACUGAACUUCAUAUGAACUCAUAGUAUGAUUCAGCAAGAGCCAUAUGUAGGUCAAAUAAGGAAAUAUAAUCUAUAUUGGGUUAGAGAAAGUUCACCUUAGUGUUUUCCAGAAUUUGGUUGGUUUUGACACUCUUGGGGAUCAAUGCAAUACACUGCUGCAUAUGAUCCCUCAGCACCACCUGAAACAACACACACACACAUUCCCUGAAGACGCAUACACUUCAGAUUUGGGUUUCUACCAGACCUCUAUUCUAACCUGAGCAGGGCUCCGUUGGUGCUUCAGCAGCUUCUCGGGAUCAGUGCCUCCACAGUGACUGCAGGAAGUAUUGACACAAUCAACUUUUGAAACGUAGAGAGGGAUGAUUACUGAGUGUCAAAAAGUGCAGGAUAGAGUCAUAUAGUGCAGGAUCAUAGUAAAUUUGCUACUGUAGGGGAGAAUGGGGUGAAGUUAAGACUCCCUUGUUUCUGGGAAACCGUACACGAAAUGUAUAAUUUGACCAAAUAUUUAAAAAGAGGUCAUCAUUUCAUGGAGUCUGUAAAGGAAGAAACUACAUGGAAUAAGUUGUAAGCAAGUUACAUCUUUUUUAAAUGUAUUGUGUUAAGAGAUUUCAUGAUGCUUGUAUCUAAAUCAAUUAGAUAGUUUUAAGAUUGUUCUAUCCAUAAAUAUGAGGCCCUAAACCUAGCAUGAAAGUGCAUCCUUGUAGCUGUGUGGGCUAAUAUAGUCAAAAUGUUUGCCUUGGCGUAAGUUGAGCCAAUUGAAAGUUGAGCAAAUUGAAGUGAUUUCUUCCCAGGCGUAAUGGAAGGCAUUAUCGCUAGGAUAGGAGGUAACAACAGGGCCUGGCAUAUGUUGAAAGUGUUUUGAAAAAGUACAAAGUGUUUGUUAGGUGUUAACCCUGUGUUCAAAGAUGCUCAAAAUGAUUCAAAUACAAAAAAGUGACUGUGAUUGUGUUGAAUUGUGUUUGGGAAAUAAAGAUUGACAUGGUUUUAAAAAGAA